AUGGCGUUCAAAGAGCCGAUUCACAAAAUUCUAGAUCGGAUUAAGAAUGAGUCGUUUUUCAGGUGGUCCAACAAGAUGGGGGGGGACCCAUCUUGGAGGAAUCAAAACUUGUACUGCACAUACCACAGAGAUAAAGGACACACCACCGAGCAGUGCCGAGUAUUAAAAGAUCAUCUGGGGCAACUAGUAAAGGCAAGGUACUUGAAAGAGUUCGUAGUGGAUUUUAGUAAUCGAGAUGUCGACCAGGGUGCUCAGCAGAAAGGGAAUCCCCUCCUGCCACCGUUGGGAGUGAUCGAGGUCAUCCACGCUGCCCCGAGGAGUGCGGUCACAAUUAGGAGAGUAUUAACAGUGGCCUGCGCGAAAGGAAAAUCACCCGAGAAAAGGAUGAAAGUUGGUUGGAUGGCAAUCUCUUUUGACGAGGAAGAUCUGGAGGGGACGAUCCAACCUCAUGAUAAUGCGUUGGUAGUAACAGCACGGAUAAACGGCUUCUUGGUGAAAAGAAUGAUGAUAGACCAAGGAAGCGGAGCUAAUGUAAUGUACCUAGAUUUGUUUGAGGGACUCGGAUUAAAAAAUCAGGACUUGGUGAAAUAUGAUAUGCCGCUGGUCUCGUUUGACGGGAGAGUGGUAAUCCCCGAAGGUCAAAUUUCUCUCUCGGUGAAUAUGGAAGGCAAGGAAGUGAUGGUGACCUUCAUAGUAGUCAAAUCGUUCUCACUGUACACAGCAAUCCUAGGAAGGUCGUGA